CGCCUGCAUGACCGGAAUUCCGGUGAGGGUUGAGGAGGAGGAGGCGAGAUGUAACGGAGGCGACAUCAACCGCGUCCUGAACGCGACUGCGGGGCCUGAGAGGUGUAUGUGCCGGAGAAUAGAUCCUUAUAGAGCCUUUUGCUUUCCUCUUGAGAAUCUGGCACAACACUCCUUCAGGACUUGUCCUUGACCUCAUCAGAUGAAGAAGUCUCCCACAGAAGUGGUCGUAACAGGGAGUAAAAUGCCACGAUGUUUCGUACAGCGGUGCUCUUCUUCAGGCAGGAAGAAACUGUUGCCCAACGUUAUCUUGCAUGUUUUUCCGAACCGCCUAGAUAAGAUCAGGACAUGGCUGCUAUGCAUUGAGAAGAGUGGGCAGGAGAUUGGGAGUAUCGAUGACACUGCCGAAAUGAUACUGGAGGCCAAAAAGGGUGACCGCUACCGAAUCUGCUCGGAACAUUUCACGGAAGAUUGUUACGUGCCUGGAGGCCUGCGCAAGACAUUGAAAAGAGACGCUGUUCCCUCAGUGUUCAAAGAUGUGCCUCCACAAGAAGAGUGGGUAAAGCCACCACGGAAGCGACCUCACGUGGAUCCUUUUAUGCGACGUCAGCGCAGACCCAACCAUGUUGUAACCGUUAGCCCUGUGCUCCGUCAUUAUGGUGACUCGGCAAAUCCAGAGUCAAAAGAACAACCGCAAGCCCAAGAAAAAACAGACAGAAGCAUGAUUUCCGAAAAUAUAUUCAACCUCACCCUUGAGAUUAUGUGCCUGCUGACUGGAGAGGACUGUAUGGUUGUGAAGAAGACAUCAGGUGAGGAAGUUGCCCCCAUCAGGAAUCCACAUAUCUCAGGAGGAUGGAGCAGGACCCAGAGCCCUACUACAGUGUAUUCACCUCAGAAUGAGAAGAAGAUACUGGAAUUGACCUUCAGGAUCAUUCAGCAGCUGACUGGGGAGGAUUCAUUAAACCGUGAGGAUGCUACCAUCUCUUUCUCCAUGGAUAAGAUGAAGACUGCUGAAGGAGGGAAGGAGGGCUUGGGGGCAAGUCAUCACAGAGUGCCUUCUCCAGGUCCAUUUGUAAAAAAACUGCUACACUAUAAAUCAAUUUUUGCUAAAGAGGAAACUACUUCACAAGAAGAACGUAAUUUAGUAGACCCAGGAGCUUCUGCCCUCACAGAAGAUACAAAGUGUAGACCUAUUUACAUUAAAGGGGAACCAGACUCCUGUGAAGAAACAAAUGUAACGGAUUCAGAUUUUUAUGUUUCUGGCAAUUCGACAGAGCAAUAUCCAUCUUAUGUUAAACCUGAGUCUACUGUGAUCGAUGGAGGUGGUGAUCAUGAUGAACUCUCAAAUGCGGGCCAUAUACAGUAUACGUCUGUCCGGAUUAAAGAGGAACCUGUCUUAUAUGAAGAAAGAAUCAUCACAGGUCCUGAUUACACGUCCCCGGAUGAGUUCCAAUACACAUGUUUCAAGAUCAAAGAUGAGUCUAUGUCAGAUGCCGAAGGAAAUUCUGCAGACACCAAUGAUUACAGACGCACUAGGCGCACUGCCUGUAAGCAGUAUGCAGCUUAUAGUUCUGAUGAGGAAACCGAUUCAUGUGAAGAAGGAACCGCAUCUGAAACUGACGUUUUUACACCUGUAGAUCAUACACCGCAGUAUCCAUCAACUUGCUCAGAAACUGCUCCCACAAUAUAUGGGGGUAACCACCUGCAGGAUGACUUUCUAAGUUUUGAUGAGGGCAGUAGCUUUGACACUGAUGUAUCUGCCCUUAUUAAACAUGCACAGACAAAAUACAGUUUUGCACCAAUUGAAGAAGGUUCAGGUUCUGAUGAAGGUGAAGAUGAAAUUGCAGCCAACAUUGAAACUCAAAUCACCAAAGAUCUUCCACAACCUAAGGCUUCUUCAGGGACAGAAGAGGCGGGUGGCGAGGAAGGCUCUGCCUCGCAAGUGAAAAAAGAUUACAAAUGCUCUGAGUGUUCUGAAAUAUUUGUCCGCAGGUCAGAGUUUGCAGACCACCGGAGAAAUCACAGAAGAGAAAGAUUGACAUGUCCAGAGUGUGGGAAGCUCUUUUCUAACAAACCUAGCCUUCUAAAUCAUCUGACGGGCCAUACAGGAGAGAAACCGUACUCGUGUCCAAUUUGUGGGAAAUGUUUCACUCGAAAUAGCAAUCUCAUUGUCCAUCAAGCAAUUCAUAUGGAGAGAAGCCCCUUGGGUACCCGAAAUGUGAGCGAUGUUAUAUACAUAAAUCCAGUUUUGUGAGAUGUUGGAAGAUGACCACUCAUACCAAGUGAUGACACUCGAAGAUUCUUCCAUGGAGGAAGCCAUUUUUCAUACAAUGUGCAUGAGAGGAAAGAUCUUGCUGUUCAUUGUCUUUCAGUUGUUCAGUGGAGUCUGACUUUUUGUAACUUUAUCAACCUUAGCAUGCUUGUAAUACCUGUGAGACGGUGCCCCCACCCCACUGACCAUUGAUGGUCUUGACCAAUUGUUUCCUUUUGUGUUGGUCUUUUUUGGUAAUUUAGUUGUUCUACGCCAAAGUCUUGAGUAUUAGCGUUAGUCCUUCCAAACAAGAUGUUUUUUGCCAAAAGUUUUUGUCUAAUAAUGAGACAAUUUGCCGAAAAAAAGGCUCUUUUUCCUUGCCAAAAAGGUGGGAUUUUUUUCUUUGACGUAUAGCCUUGGAUGAUCACAUAUAAUGGAUGCAAAGAAUAGAUCUAUUUUUUAUUUGCACAAACUGCAAUUCGUGAUGGGAGUUUUACCUAAGUUGCGCAUUUCAUUUUUAUUUUUUUUCCUUUUCUUUUUGCAUGACUUCAGGUUAUUUUUUUCAUAUUGAAAAUAACAAUGUCUUUAUUAAAAGGCUGUUUAUUAACCACCUCCUUUUUUCCGAUGUGUGCUGGUGCUUGUAAGUAAUAACUUCUGGUAAUUAAACAUUU